GGGAAAGUCAAUCUUUGAGUUUAUGAAGAUUCAGUGAUCAACAGUCUAGGACUUACUACACGUGGCAAAUCACUGCCUCGCUGAAGAACUAUGUUAAGUAGAAUUAGAUUGUAAACGUCUGUAAGUGGUCAAAUAAAUCUGUGAGAUUAUUGACUGUUAUUUUGAACGAUGUGUGAAGGUGUAAUCUACCUGGUUUCGGGACUUCAGGUUCUUAAAAAUCUGUGGUUGGACACUUCACGAGAUGGCUGGAAGAUAUUUUAGCCUUUUGUCAUCUAAACUCUGUUAACGUUCACUAGUUCUCACCUAUUUAUUCCUUCCAGUAAAUUUUCGUCCACUGUAGUUUAUUUUGGAUGCUAAUAAUAAUAAUUGAUUUUAGACUUCUGGUGACAUUGCUCAAAACUUUACAUUGAUGAAAAUCUUCUCUAGCGUUCAUUUGAUUACUCUCUUACACAUGCUUAAUUUAUGGAAGUAUAAUUACAUUUCUGUACUUUUCUGAAGUUGGGCAACUUAACAUAACACACCUCUGCACAAAGUCUUGCGUUGCUUCAUCAAUGUGCUGUAUGUGCACUUUUUGAUGGUUUUCCAUGGAUGUCUGGUUUAAGGAUUCUUAUUUCUCAUAUCUCAUAAAUCAAGUGAUUGACCACGUACUAUUUGACAUCGCUUAUAUUAAGUUCCCAUUAUAAUGCCCCACAAGUAAGUAUAUCUUUGCCAGUGUUAACAAGAAUCAGAUUUAUUAAAUGUGCAAUUUCUUGUAAUUUUUUCAGGCCCUCAAUGAUCCAAAUAACUGUUUUGUAUUCAUAAGUAUCUGCUGAGUUUUGCAACUGCGAGCUUCUUUAAAUCUUUAUCCAAAUGGAUCUUGUUUACAAGCUGAACAAAAGCUGUGGGACAUCCUCUAUUUCACGAAAGAUUCUGCAACCACUGACGUAUUCCUUCAUGGGAUUAAUUUCAAAAAUUGCACUAUUUCGUCAUUGUUUGAAUGUUAUUGGUUCUGAACGUUUGUUUCUAGCAAUCGAUAAACGACCAAUUAGUCAUCCUCUGAUUACUGUCAGUAAUCAUCAUUCAUGUCUUGAUGAUUUCUUCCUAAAUGGCUCUUUGUUACCAUUAAAAUACUUUGCUAAUGGUAUGUAGCAUCCCAGUAUUCAAAUAAUUUGGUGAAAUUUAGUAAAAAUAUGUCGUUGGUGCUUGACAGCCGUAGAUAUAUGUUAUACAUCAUGGUGGCAUAAUCAAUUUUUCUUCUGGUUCAAAGGAGUCCCUGUAUGGCGAAGAGUUCGUGAUCCGUUAUCUGGUAAGAUAACACAUUUCGGUGGUGGAGUAUAUCAGCCUAGUAUGGAUUUCUGUAUAGAUUUAUUGAAUUCUGGUCAAUGGAUUCAUGUAUUUCCUCAGGGUAGAAUCGUUCAACCACAUGAACGUAAUUUAGAACAAAAUAUCCGGCUACGUUGGGGAAUUGGACGAUUAAUAGCAGAAUCAAAAGAAGAUCCUAUUGUAAUUCCAAUAUGGCAUUGCGGUUUAGAUGAACUUAAUCCUUCUGAAGUACCAAAUACUUCUGUUACUCUAACACGUAUAUUUGGAAAAUCGUGUCAUGUAACUAUUGGUAUCGGUCAACCGAUUAAUGUCUGUGAUUUACGUCAAGAACUAAGGCAUAAUCUUCGUCAAUAUGAGACAUCAUCAGAAUUUCGUUCUAAUAUACACAGUACAUUUACUCAGGUUGUUCAAGAUCAACUGUAUAAACUCAAAGAAGAAACGGAAUAUGAACAUCGAAAAUUUUCUUCAACGUAAUAGCUAUACGUGUAUAUAUAUUUUUUGUAGUACAUAUCUUAUUUUUUACAAAUAGUUCCUUUAUUUUGUACUUUUAUUUACUUUAUUUUCUGUAGCAAUUAAUGAGGUCAUAAAUUGAUUACUCAGGAAUGAUCAUACUCUUUUUUCUUUCUUGAAUUGUUAGUGAAAACUUUAUGGUUACCGAUAAGUGUAGUAAAACAAGAAACUGAUUGGCAUUGAGUCAUACCUUAUAUUGAGAUGACUAGUAGAGAGUAUUAAUGAUAUAAGUAUAAAACUUGAGCACUGUGGUAGAGUGAGUAUAACUCCAUUAUGGAUAAAAUUUUUGUUUGAUAAAAUCACACAUUGGUGUUAUACAGUAAUAUUUACUGAUGACGCUUUGACCACAAAUUAUUACUGCUCAUAAUCAUAUCAAGUCACUCACACAAUUUUCUUGCUUCGUUUAUAUACAUGAGUAAAAAUUGAUGAUUAGACAUUUGAAUAAAAUUAAUAUUAGAUAAUGUACAUUCGGGAAUAAUAUUAGUGUUAUCAAUCAAAUACAAUUAAAUGGGAAAUAAGAUGUUUU